CCCAAGCCCACCGGCACUGAUGGCUCUCACCAGGAGGACUCGGGACAUGCCGAGCCCAGCCAUGCAGCGGAGAGCCCCAAGCCCACUGGCGUUGAUGGCUCUCACCAGGAAGAAUCCGGAGACGAUGACCACAGCCCCAAGGACAGUCCCAAGUCCACCGGUGACGAUGGCUCUCCCCACGGAGAAUCUGGACAUGAUCAAGACAACGAAGUAGAAGACCCCAAGCCCACCGGCGUUGAUGCCUCCCACCAUGAACAAGAUCCCUCUCAUGAAGAGGCUCAAAGCAGUAAUGCUCAUGGGCCCGCUUCUACUCCUGCCCAUGGACAGCCUCAGCAGGGCGGCGACGACGACUCCCACUUCGAUGUGCCAUCCUCCACAACGCUGGCUCACAUCGCCAUUACGCCUACCCCUACCCACGCUCCUUCCCACGUGCACGGAGUUCUGACCUCCACAGAGACCGUUUCUCGAUCCUCCGUCCACGUGGUGCCCAUUUACGUGCCCUCCAGCAGCGGUGCGCAUGUUGCUGAGACUCCUGGCGCCACACCAUCUGCGCACGUCCCGAUCGGCGUCGACGCGGAGCACAGCUCUCACGUCCCACAAGGACCUGCUACACCCUCUCCCUCUCAUCACGAGGUCAUGUUCCAGGGUGGUGCUGCGAGCCUGUCACCUAGCGCUGGUGUCAUUUCUCUCGCUUGUGGAGUGAUUGGUCUCUUGGCCUAUGUGUUGUAG